AUGUUUUGGUGCCUGUUUUUUAUCCUGUCUUUAGCGGACGCUCAAACCUCCAGCCGGUUCGUGGUGGGCUGCCCGGCGCGGUGCGACAAGUCCAUGUGCCCCCGUUCUCCAUCGUCCGACUGUCCGGCGGGACAGACUCUCGACGCCUGUCAUUGUUGCCCGGUUUGCGCGUCCGGCGAAGGCGAGGCGUGCAGCGGCAGCGGCAAACUCGGCGACCCGGUGUGCGGAGAGGGUCUGGAGUGCUCUGUGUCCGGCGGCGUCGGCUACACCGCCACCGUGCGCCGGAGGAGCAAGACGGGCAUCUGCGCCUGCAAAACUGUGGAGCCCGUUUGUGGCAGCGACGGGGUGUCCUACCGAAACAUCUGCGAGCUGAAGAGGGUCAGCCGGCGGGCGCAGAAACUCCAGCAACCGCCUGUCCUCUUCAUUCAGCGAGGGGCCUGUGGGAAAGCUCAGGACAACCCAGACAGCCCGAGACAUAAGUACAACUUCAUUGCCGACGUGGUGGAGAAAAUUGCACCAGCUGUGGUUCACAUCGAGCUCUACCGCAAGAUGACAUACUCCAAACGUGAGGUGGCUGUGGCCAGCGGCUCGGGCUUCGUAGUGGCAGAUGAUGGCCAGAUCGUGACCAACGCGCAUGUGGUGGCCAACAAGCACCGCGUCAAGGUGGAACUCAAGAGCGGGGCCAUCUACGACGCCAAGAUCAAGGACGUGGACGAGCGCUCCGACAUCGCCCUCAUCAAGAUCGAGGCGCCGACCAAACUCCCCGUGCUGCUUCUGGGCCGCUCCUCGGACCUGAGGCCGGGUGAGUUCGUGGUGGCCAUCGGAAGCCCUUUCUCCCUGCAGAACACCGUCACCACGGGAAUUGUCAGCACCACCCAGAGAGGGGGCAGGGAGCUGGGCCUUAGCAACUCUGACAUGGACUACAUCCAAACGGACGCCAUCAUCAAUUAUGGCAAUUCGGGAGGACCUCUAGUCAAUUUGGAUGGAGAGGUUGUCGGAAUCAACACGCUAAAGGUGACCGCUGGCAUUUCCUUCGCCAUUCCCUCGGACAAGAUUCAGCAGUUCCUGACAGAGUCUUAUGACAGACAGUCCAGAGGUACAGCAGCAGCGAAAAAGAAAUACAUCGGCGUGCGGAUGAUGACUCUCACUUCAUCCCUGGCCAAAGAGCUGAAGACCCGACAUCGAGACUUUCCUGACAUCACCUCUGGCGCAUACGUCAUGGAAGUCAUUGCGAAGACGCCGGCUGCGGUUGGCGGCCUCAAAGAACACGACGUGAUUAUCUCCAUUAAUGGCAAGAGGAUUUCCACGGCCAACGAUGUGAGCGCCGCCGUCAAGAAGGACAAAAGCCUGAAAGUGGUGGUUCGCCGUGGCAAUGAGGACGCCAUCCUCACCGUCGUUCCCGUGGAGAUCGACCCUUGA